GUGAUUUCACAGCUGCUAUUUUGUUCUUUCUGUUUUUAGGGAAAAUUGCAAGAAAUGGUUGUGUCUUGUAGCUUGGAUAUUAUUAUAGUGAAUUUAUAGUCUCUUGAGGAUAUUUGUCAGUGCUGUUGCUUAUUACUGUUUUCUGUAUUCUCAGUCCUGGCACAAAUUUUAGUUGGUUUGGCCCUUUAAUUAUGAAGUAUUAUGUACGUGUAUGUAUAUGUAUAUAUUCUUUAUAUAAUUCCUCCCAUCCCAAUUUUGUUAUUGUAGCAUUAACCCUUGCUUUCUAUGUAAGGGUUACUUUUUUUAUGAUGUCUUCAUUUUCGUUUUCUUUAAAAAUUGAAAAUAUAAUACAUUCUUUACCAACUGUAAAAAUUUUGGUUUAUAAGAUAGUUUCUUGGGGUUUAUUAAUGUAAUCCAUGUACAUAGCAGAAUAUCAGGCACAGAGUAAGCACUCAAUAAAUGCCACGUUUAAAAAAAUGGAUAUAAUAACUGAACAUCAGAUUGCCUUGGAAUCAAGGUGCUAAUCCAAAGUGCAUUCUACAAGAAGCUUGUAAUUAAGGUGAAGAUAGGCGUUAUUUGUAUCCCUGGGGAAACUGAAGUAUAUCUUUGCCACUUUUAAAAGUGAACUCACUGGCAGACCCAAGUUCAGCCCGCUAACCUGAUUCUUCUUUCUUUUACUAACAAAACUAUGAUUUUUCCUUGUAUAAUUGAAUUCAGACUUAGAAAAUAGUAAACAUUUUCAAUUCUUAGGACUCACUAAAAUUCUCUCAACAUUUAUACCAAUAUUUUAUAUGAAAUGUCUUUUAGGUAAGCCUUUAUAUAAUAUGGCCUUGAUCUACCUUUCCAACUUUAUUCCUCUUAUUCUUCCAUAAUAACCCAAUGCUUUCCGUUCUCUGUACCUUUGGUCAUGCAGUUCCAUCUAUGCUUGUCAUACAUAUUUCUCCUGACUGAUUUUAGUUCUCUUACCUUGUAUAUAGAUGCUUAAAAAUGUUACAUAUAUUGGUAAUUUGAAGUGUGGGGGGAAAGUGCCCUAUGUGGAAGGAAGUUGAUGGAAUUUUUUGUUUAAAAUUCUCUUUGAGCUUCAUUAGUAUGGCCAGGCAAUUGAGUUUUCUCUAACUGGUGUGUGUUAAAAAGAUUUAGGUCUUAAGUGUCCCAUCAAUGUGUGUAGCCCUUAGAUGUAGAUGAUGGCUGAUGAUAAAUUAAGAAAACCUUUUAGGUUUCCAUUGUACAUGGAGCUAAAAUCGCUACCAGUUGACAAGUUUAAUGCUUGGAACUGUGGCUGUCAGCAGAUAGACUAAGCCAAGCGAUGAAAAUCUUACCUUUUAGAUGGUCUCUGCUUGCUUUUUGCAUCUGUUCUCUUUCUCAGUUGUCUAAGGGUCAAUAUUUCCUUAAUGUUUUGUUAAACACCAAGAUUAUAUUUAUUGUGUUUGCAUGGUAAAUAUGGGGAACAAACCUAUGUUUUAAGUAGGUGUACCCUCAAUAUAAUAUCUAAAGUAACAUGGUACAAUAUUUUAUAUAAUAAUAAAAUAACACACAAAUACUCCUUUUUUGUGUAUUUGAAAGUGCUUUCAUCUUAUCUCCUUUCUUUUCUCCUUAAAGAACACUUCCAGGGUAAUAUCUAAGUUAACAAAUGAUUUUAAAUGGUUCUGAUCUCCUUUGAAAGAAGUAGUUGUGGCUUUUUGUUGAGAUGCGAGCUUUGUACUUUUUCCUGUUAUUCUCUUUUGUCAGGUUUGUGCCCCAUCAGACAGACUAUCUUGCCUCCUCCUAUCUACUUUCUUGUGUGCAGCUUCAGUUUAACAUUUUGAAAAUUGCAGUUAGUCUUCCAUCUUAUUCCUUAGUUUGUGGUCUUAAUUUUAAACAAAGUUAUAUUAUGGGAGACAGUGUGCUGAAGAAUGCUGUUUGGCUUCCUUUCUGCUUUUCUAAUGAAAGUUUCAGAGUUAAGCUUGUCAGGAGCAUUGCUUAAAGCCACAGGACUCUUGAAUUCUCUGCAGAUACUUUGAUACACUUACGAGCAGCUUGUGAUCUAAAGUAUGCGCAACAUCAUGACAACAGAGAAGAGUUUAGUGACUGAGGCUGAAAAUUCACAGCACCAACAACAGAAGGAAGAAGGUGAGGGAGCCGUAAACUCAGGCCAACAAGAAACUCAGCUGGAGGAGGCUUCUCAAACAGCACCUGAGGGAGAUAAUCAGUGUGAGCAGAAGCUUAAAACAUCUAAUGGAGACACUCCUACACAUGAAGACUUGACCAAGAACAAGGACCGGACAUCAGAAAGCAGGGGCCUCUCACGGCUGUUCUCCUCAUUUCUCAAAAGGCCCAAAUCUCAGGUUUCUGAGGAAGAAGGCAAAGACAUAGAGUUAGCUAAAGAGAAAAGUGAAGGAGGUCAGAAAGAGAUAGAAUUUGGAACCAGUCUUGAUGAAGAGAUCAUUUUAAAGGCCCCAAUUGCAGCUCCUGAACCUGAACUCAAAACAGACCCAUCCUUGGAUCUUCAUUCAUUAAGCAGUGCAGAAACACAGCCCGCGCAGGAAGAACGCAGAGAAGAUCCAGAUUUUGAAACUAAGGAAGGAGGAGGACUUGAAGAGUGCUGCAACACAGAAGUAAAAGAAGGAAGUCCUGAAUCAAAAGCGGAAAGGGAAUUAAAAGCUUCCCAGAAAUCAAUCAGAAGACAAAGAAACAUGCACUGCAAGGUUUACUUGUUAGAUGACACAGUUUAUGAAUGUUCUGUGGAGAAACAUGCCAAGGGACAAGACUUACUUAAACAAGUAUGUCAGCACCUCAAUCUUUUGGAAAAAGACUACUUUGGUCUAGCUGUUUGGGAUAAUGGAACCUCUAAGACAUGGCUGGAUCCUGCCAAAGAAAUAAGAAAGCAGAUUUCUGGUUUCCCUUGGAAUUUCACAUUUAAUGUAAAGUUUUAUCCACCUGACCCAGCACAGUUAACAGAAGAUAUAACGAGAUAUUAUUUGUGUCUUCAGCUUCGGCAGGACAUAGUUGCAGGACGUCUGCCCUGUUCCUUUGCUACCUUAGCAUUGUUGGGUUCUUAUACCAUCCAGUCUGAGCUGGGAGACUAUGACCAAGAACUCCAUGGUGCGGAUUAUGUUAGUGAUUUUAAAUUGGCUCCAAAUCAGACCAAGGAACUUGAAGAGAAGGUCAUGGAACUGCAUAAAUCAUACAGGUCCAUGACUCCAGCUCAGGCUGACCUGGAAUUUCUUGAGAAUGCCAAAAAGUUGUCUAUGUAUGGAGUUGACCUUCAUAGAGCAAAGGAUUUAGAGGGAGUAGAUAUCAUCCUCGGUGUCUGCUCUAGUGGCCUUCUGGUUUACAAAGAUAAGCUGAGAAUUAACCGAUUUCCAUGGCCAAAAGUGCUGAAGAUUUCAUACAAACGUAGCAGCUUUUUCAUCAAGAUCCGGCCUGGAGAGCAAGAACAGUAUGAAAGUACCAUCGGAUUCAAACUUCCCAGUUACCGAGCAGCUAAGAAAUUAUGGAAAGUCUGUGUAGAGCAUCACACAUUUUUCAGACUGACAUCUACAGACACCAUUCCCAAAAGUAAAUUUCUUGCACUGGGAUCCAAAUUUCGAUACAGUGGCCGGACUCAGGCUCAGACCAGGCAAGCCAGUGCCCUGAUUGACAGGCCUGCCCCAUACUUUGAGCGUACAGCUAGCAAACGGGCAUCCCGGAGCCUUGAUGGAGCUGCUGCUGAUUCAGCAGACCGAAGUCCUUGGCCCACCUCUGCACCCGCCCUUGCUGAGAGUCAGAUCCCAGAAGACAGUGACUCAGGUUCACAGAAGAAAAGAGAAGAAAUGCCACCUGAGGAAGUUGAGCCAGAGCCCACAGAAGCAUGGAAGGUGGAAAAAACGCACAUCAAGGUCACAGUACCCACCUCAAAUGGUGACCAAACUCAGAAGCCUGCAGAAAAAACUGAAGAUCUGAUAAGAAUGAGGAAGAAAAAAAGAGAGAGACUAGAUGGUGAAAACAUUUAUAUCAGACAUAGCAAUUUAAUGUUGGAGGAUUUAGACAAGAAUCAAGAAGAGAUCAAAAAACACCAUGCCAGCAUCAGUGAGCUGAAAAAGAACUUCAUGGAAUCUGUACCAGAACCACGGCCUAGUGAGUGGGAUAAACGCUUAUCCACUCACUCCCCGUUCCGAACACUUAGCAUCAAUGGGCAAGUCCCCACAGGAGAAGGACCUCCCCUGGUAAAGACUCAGACUGUCACCAUCUCAGAUUCUGCCAAUGCUGUGAAAAGUGAAAUCCCAACCAAAGACGUCCCUAUUGUCCACACUGAGACAAAGACCAUCACUUAUGAGGCUGCCCAGACUGAUGACAACAAUGGGGACUUGGACCCAGGAGUCUUGCUGACAGCUCAGACCAUCACAUCCGAGACCACAAGCGGCACCACCACAACUCAGAUUACCAAGACUGUAAAAGGUGGGAUGUCAGAGACUCGAAUUGAAAAGAGAAUUGUGAUUACAGGAGAUACUGAUAUUGACCAUGAUCAGGUCCUUGCACAGGCCAUCAAGGAAGCAAAGGAGCAGCACCCAGAUAUGUCAGUGACCAAGGUGGUCGUCCAUCAGGAGACCGAGAUCGCUGAGGAGUGAGCUCAGGAACUAUACUACCCCCAACUCCCUGCCCUUCUUCCACCUAAGAGAAAACCAGCAAAAUGAUAAAGAAGCUAACCCGGAGUAAUCAGACUUCAGACUUUCAAGAUUAUUCUACACCACCAGAAAAUGAAUUUCCUUUUCUAUUUGGAGUUUAUACCAAGAGAGUCUUCUAGAUAUCACUGAUCCUUUUGGAUACCUUUUUCUAUAUUGUGAUACCAGAAAUUGUUCAACUCUUCACUCUAUGGACUGGUUUUAAGUAGUUUUUGUUUUGAUUUUGUUUUUAACAGGGUGGUUUGCAACCCCUUCAACCUAGCCUCUCUCCAUUUAUUUCCAACCCAGAUACUGACAGAGUCCACAGAAUUCUUCAGAAAAUCCUCCAAAGACUCUGUCAGCUGUGUUGGAGGCCAAAGCCAGCUUAAGGGGGCUUUCCUGCUCCUCCCCUACUUCUGUACCCUUUGGAUGACAGCAAAAUGUUCAUAAACCAGAUCUUUCUCAGAUCCAGUGAUGUGACUUUACCAGAAUGUCAGGCAGGUGGCUGCCCUGGUUUAGAGAGGCAGAGACCUCUGCUAAGAAUGUAGUGUUAUGUUUCUUUCCUUCUCUUCCAUUCUUUGUUUUUGGAGCUUCUUUAGAUCAAAGAUAUAAGAAGGUGCAUCAGAUAUAUCUGAUACUGUGAAUGUUUGAACAUAUCAGUGGCCUUCACCUUCCUGCCCUCCUUCCCCAGCUGCCCUUUUACCUCAUUAUAAGCAGUGGCUCUGCUAAAUGCUCCCCCAGCUGCCAUCUCAGGAGACCAAAACUCACAGAAAAAUAGGCACUUUCAGCCAGAAGCCCGAAUGGCACAUUUGUAGUGGUGAUUUGAGGAAGGAAAGUUAAUGAGGUUUUUAAAAUAAGGUUUUCCAGUUCUGGGAGUGUGCACUUGACCCAGCGGAAUAGUGGAGUUUACCUCAGUCAGAUCCUGGUAAGAAGUAUUUCCAGGUGACCAUCCCUGGACCUCUUUCUUUAAUCCUGGGAUGAAAAGAGGGGUUGUGUUCCUUGAUCUGUAGUCUCCCCACAGACACCUUCCUGAAGACAACCUUCUGGAGCAAGGGAGUGGCUUUUAGGGGCCAUCCUUCCCACGAAAUGACCAUGGGCAUUCAUUUCCCCUCACCAUCUGAGGUCAGGUUUUAUAAGCUUGAUUUUGGGUUUAGCUUUUUUGUUUUUGGAAAUGUGAGCAUUGAUGUCCUCAAUUCCACCGUUCCUGUGUACCUUCUAGUAAAGAUUUGAGGGUAUUUUAUUCAGUUGGGCUUUUCUAAUCUUCCAGCUUGCUUCCCACAAACAAAUCUUCCUGGAGGCUUCUUGGAAUCCUAAUUCUAAGCUAGCAGUGAACUUUAUGAGAUAGACAGUGGAUCACAGACAGCACUUGCUGGGGCUCAAGGGCAGUGAGCAAGAGAAAGAGACAUAAAGCCUUUGCUCCCCACAGUGGGAGCCAGCAGGAUGUCCAAAGUCUCUACUUACGGAGUUUUGCUGGGACAUCCUGGCUGGUUUGAACUGAUUUCAGGUGUGUGCAUUUUUCUUUUAGUACUCAUGUGAGACUGUUAUUAACCAGGAGGUAGUUCUGAGGAGAAAAGGUGAGGGCACCAGUGGGAUGUGUGGGCUUGGGGGAAAGGAGGUUGUCCUGUCUCAGGAAGACUUGCAGGCUUAACAGGCUGUGGGCAGAGGAUCUGAAAUGAUGGGCUCUCUGGGUGGUGCCUAGGCCUGGGCUGUCUUGUCAGAAGUAGUGGUUAGGUUAGAAAUACAGCUCACAUCAAACAAGCAUGUGAUGUGAGUGUGCUUCCCAAGAGCUGUGUGCCAAUGGCCAGCUCUCCUGCUGAAAGAGCUACUGGCACCCACAAAGCUGAAACCUGGGGAGUGAAGAGGAUGGGGGAAAGGAGGGCACACGUGUGUCCAUUUAAAACUUAGCAUACUGAAUAUUCUGUGCUAUCCAGAUUAUUGUUGUAGUUUUCAUAGCACAGGACCAUGAGUCAGGGAGCCUAAACCUUCCUUCAGCCCUGUCACUAGCUCACUACACUUCUGAGUCUGCUUCCUUGUCUGUAAAUUUGGACCAGAAGAUCUCUAAUGCUCUUCCAGCUCUGAGAAGCCAUGAUUUGGACAAGCCCAGCAAGAGGGGUGUCCUUCCAAGCCUGGACUUCCUCUUUUCUCCCUCUCUGGCAACAAAUGUUGGGGUUUGGCAAUUGUUUGGAUUUUUUUCUUCUUGCAGUUGUUGUAUGUGUGUGUAUGUGUGUAAAAACAGACUCUGUCCUGGUGGAAAUGGUGAAGAGGGGGAGGAAAGUUACAUCUCCAGAGUCAAUGACUUGGCAACAAUUUUCCUAAAGUGACUCAGACACACCACAGUAACAACUCUUGCUGCAAUUUUAUUUUCACUUGAGAAGUAAAGAUAUCCUCCAGGCCACAUGAGGUCUCUGCCACCCACCCACCCAUCAGCACAGCAGGACCUGUGUUCAUAAGCCAAGGAUCCAGUGAGCCCUGGCUACCGCAGGCCCACCACCAUACGUUCUGCAGGGCAGCUAACACACCCUGGGCAACGGAGGCACAGCGAUGGCCUCACCAACACCAAGGGAUGCUCAUGGGAAGUCUCUGCCCAGGAUCCCAGCCCCAGGCUGGUUUUGUUUUUACAAAUCUCUCUCAAAUGUAUUAUUUUGGUGACAGAAAUGAAGGAGCUUUGUAAAAUUUUUUAAAAUUAUGAAUCAUAUCAAGUAGCUGUUUACCUUUCUUGACAAAAUUGGAACUAUGGCAGCAGAAUCAAACUAGCAAAAAUCUUUAGAUUAAAUAGGCAAUAAUUAGGUCUUCUAUUUUGGCCUUUUGUAGUAAGAGAAGUGAUGGUAGUGUUUAGAUACGUGUUUGGUCUUGCUUCUCGUAUUGCAUUUUUCAAUAAACUUUCAAAAAAAAAAAAA